CCCAAGACAAAAGCUGCGAAAGUGACAUGCUGCUUAGUCUACAGUAGGUGCCAAAAUUGAGUCAAUGUUCCUCACUGGCUCUUUAAAAGGGGCAACAGUAUUUACAGUGAAUGUCUUUUCAUGACCUGCUGAAUAUUUUUUUGUCUUAGAUGGCAAAGGGAAGAGCUGCUGGAGCCUCCAGAGAGACCAGACGAGGACGAUGGUGGCACCUGAGACAGAGAUGGAGGAUGCUGGGAGUGUUUGAGAUCAACCAAGAGCACGAGUUCUACACCCUGACCACUAAGAUCAAAGAAGGCAUCCAGACAUCCAUUCAGACCACCAUAGACACACCUGUACAGGUAAAGAGCCCUCUGAUUCUAAGAUGCUGGCUGAAGACAAUAACUCAUAAAAAAGCAUUACCUUCCUUUUUUUUGUUACAGGAUACACUCACCACUGAGCAUUUUAAAGCAGAGGAAACUCACACCCAUGAGGUAAGUGGUCGUUUCAAAUGUGUAAAAAUAAAUUUCAAAGCUGUAUUUCCUGUUAAACCACAUUUAUGUGUUUUUAAAAAUUGUAUUUAGGUUUUUUUCCAUACAAGUUUUAGCACUGUUAAGUACAGUAAUGGGCAGGGGCAGUUGUCCUGCAGCUUCCAAAAUAAUUUUUGUUUGGAUAAAAAAUGAAUGAUGAUAAUUAAAAAAAAAUGAUAUAAUAGAUGCGCUGCAAACAAACAAAUGUGUUGCAAAAUGAUGCAAACCAAUAGAAUCAAUUAAGCAAAAUCAAAAACCCCAACUCAUCAAACAACUACAAAAAAAAAAUGCAGAAAAUCCAGGAAUCACAAAGGACAAUUGUGAAAUUAAAGGGCAAAUUAUAUCCACAUAAUUAGACUUGACUUUCUCAAAUAUCAGUUUGUUUUUAGAGUUUUUGCAUUAACUUUUAGAAACAGUUAAACUGAAACUCAUCCGUCACCACAGUGGAUAUGUUAACAGUGCGUUUGUGUCUCUCUGUGAAUUACCGUUUAUCUGUCAUGAGAUUGUGUGUCGAGCAAUAAAAGCAAACUGUUUGCGGUCUUUAACUUCCAUAUGUAAUAUUUGUCUUGCAGGGUUUUGAGAUGCAGACAUUUGCAGCGCCUGUCUUCGCUAAGCUUAGACACUCUCUGGAUAUCUCAGAGGAGGAAUAUAUGAACUCACUCUGCUCAGCCGACUACUACCUCCAGUUUGUCAGCAACUCCAAGAGCAAAGCUGAUUUCUUCGUCACGUGA